UUUCCAAAUCCUAACUACCAUAGGUUCAGUCACCCUUCCAUCACAAACCCAACAACCAUUCCAACCAACAACACCAAGACUCACAGUUGAACACCAAGCAAGAAUGAACCACCUUCUUCAUCAACAGGUUAACCUUCUCUCUCCUCAUCACCACUCUCUAUCUCACUUUCUCUCUCUACAAUGGCAGAGCCACAUUCCGCCUCCGCCAUUCCUUCUUCUUCCGCCGCCAACGCUGAAGCUUCUCAGGCAGACGAAAAUGCCGGAGCUUCGGAGAAUCUCCCACGCGAGUCUCGGCGCGUGAGCAUCACCUUUGGGAGAACCAACUUGAGAAUGGCCGGUGACUCCGCGCUUGUUAGGGAUGAGAAGUGGUCCUGCUUGGCUGUUAUCUUCAGCUUUUGGUUCUUCGUUGCGGUGACGAUGAUAAUGGGGGUGUAUGGGUCGAUGACCGUGGUUCUAGGUCCGUGUUCUUCAAUUGUUUUGCAACCUAACCCUGUGUUUGUGCAAUAUGUGAAGGUAGAAAACUUAGAGGGGAAUCCAGGACUCGUUCUUUAUGGUACUUAUCGAUAUCCACCUCUUGAUGUUGUUUCCACUUGGAGAGAAACUCUUAAUACAUCUAUUCCUUAUGGCGCAGAUAAGGAAUGGAAAUAUUAUUUGAAUAGAGGGUCGGAAGUAAAUAUCUCGUAUAGCGUAAGCUCUGAGAGUUCCUCUAUUUAUCUUGUAAUUGCAGAAGGAGCUGACAGUCUCUCAAUGUGGCUGGAGGACCCAACAUAUCCCAAUACAACUCUGUCUUGGAACGUGAUCCAUGGAACUGGUAUGAUUACACAAGAAAUAUUCAGGUCAUCGUACUAUUAUGUGGCCUUGGGUAAUUUAGAAGAUGAAGUGGAGGUUGAAUUAAACCUCACUGUAAGGGCCUUUUUGCAUAAUACAACAAAUGCUUUCUACAAAUGUGCCCCGACUAGUAGCCCGUGCAGUUUAAAUAUUGACUUUCCUCAUGGAAACAAAGCUGUUUUAGUCUCUCCUGCUCCUCAGCAGAACACAUCUAAUGAUGAGUGGUAUGUCAAACUGACCUAUGGACCAAGAUGGCUUACAUAUAUUUUUGGCAUAGGUGUACUGACUUUAAUCAUGUUUUGGGUCUUCAACUUCUUGAACAAACUUCAGUGUGCCAAUGAUGAUAGAGUAGGAUCUAGAUCUGAAGGAACAGGACCAGAUCGAGCCCCUUUGCUUUCUCGCAAAGAUGAUGAUCUUUCGAGUUGGGGUUCGUCAUAUGAUUCCAUACCGCAGGAUGAUGAGGAUCUUAACUUUCUCACUGGAGGUUCCACUGACGGGAAGUUUUUAGCUGAUGGUGAGACUAGUAAUAAUACUCGGCGUCUUUGUGCAAUUUGUUUUGAUGCUCCACGGGACUGCUUCUUCCUUCCAUGUGGGCACUGUGUGGCUUGUUUUGCGUGUGGAACUAGGAUAGCUGAGGCAGCUGGUAUAUGUCCUGUUUGUCGUAGGAACAUGAAGAAGGUGAGGAAAAUUUUUACUGUGUGAUCAACACACUGAGUCACAGACUAAUUGAAUAGCCACCAGACCCAUAUAUUGUAAUUUUACAUUUAAUCAUAUAUCUGCCGAUCAUUACAAUGAUCAAGCAUGCUAUCUGCUGGCAAGGGGUGCAUUUGUCGUUGCAUUGCAACAAAAUAGGAGGGGGAAAUGGGAGGUAUAUUAUUUUUGUGCUCCAUAACUCAUCUUGCUACCUCUCAUUCUAGGCGCGAUUUGUCCAAUAUUGCUCAUUGUUUUGUUAUUAUAAUUUCUAUAGAAAAAUAUUAUAGAAUUUGUUUGGUUAAGAUGAUUUUGGCACAAAUAGGUCUUUUCAAGGAUUAUUAAGAAUCUUAACUAAAUCUAUAAAAACAUAAAUGAUUAAAAACAAAAAUACUUAAAAUGAAUGCAAAUUAUACUAAAAAAAUAUGUAAUUUGUUCUUAAUUCCAUUCCAAUCUACUCCUUCUCCUUCUACGAGGCUCCCAAGUGCGUUAUCCAAGACAUUAUUAGGAUUCAAUGUGAUUUCCUUUGGGGUGGUGAUUCGGAGAAAAGGAAAGUGGUCUGGAUUAGGUGGAAUCUCGUGUGCAAACCAAAGGACAAAGGUGGAUUAGGAGUAAAACAUUACGAAUUGUUUAAUAUUUCUCUCUUAAGCAAAUGGAAAUUGCGUAUCCUUGAUGAAGACAAUGCGCUUUGUGGGUGGACUUAUUGUCAAUGAGAUAUGGUGAUAUCAAAUCUAUAAUGCUCGAAGUGGCUAAACCAUUGGUUAACAUGUUUGAACCUUUAUGGUGGAGAGACUUGAAGCUUGUAGGUGUCGUGGAGGAGGACGACUAUAACUGGUUCGCAAACAAUAUUUCUUGUAAAAUAGGCAAUGGUUUUACUAUUGAGUUUUGAAGAAACAAUUGGCUGGGCUCUCCUUCUCUUGACAUGUUAUUUCCACUGAUUUUUGCAAGAGUUGUUGACCAAAAGCUCAAGGUUUUAAACAUGGGGGAGUGGGUCGACAACAGUUGGAUUUGGGAUGUGAAGAUUAAGGAUGAUAUGCCACUGCAGGCGGAUGAGGAAGCUGAAUUAGAAUCCCUUCUGGUCAUUUUGCAAGAUGUUCGACUGAACCGGCUAGUGGACGAUUCGUUUGUGUGGUGAAGGAGCAAACAUGGUUUCUCAGUCAAAAACAGUUAUCUUGUUGUUCAAGUAGUGCUCCAUUCUGAUGUACGGGUAAAUCCGAAUAUUGUUCAACUCUUGGAUUUGCUUUGGAUAACAAAUGUGCCUAGCAAAAUACUUAUCUUCGGGUGGAGGCUUCUUUUGAACCGGUUGUCGACACACAUUGCUUUAGCGAAGAUGGGGAUCAUUAAUGGUUCUGAAAAUUUAUUGUGUUAUUUAUGUUCUGCUGCUGAAGAAACGUUGGCCCGUUUAUUCCUCGAUUGCUCAAUAGUUUUGCAGGUUGGGAGCAUAUCUAUAAGUGGCUGGAUUUUCCGUUCUAAUUCGACGUGGACGCCUCUGGUACUAACUGCAGUAGCUUCACUCUUUUGCCAAAGGUAGAGCACAAAAGAAUGUUUGCUUGAUGGUAUGCCUCGCGGUCUGCUGGGCUAUGUGGCUUCGCAGAAAUGAUAUUGUUUUUCAUGGAGCGGUCGUACGCAUUGUCGGCAUUGUUGAUAGAGCAAAAGUUUUGGCUUGGAAUUGAUUUGCCACUAGAACUAAAGAUGCAAGGGCUUUUGGUUGGGAUGACUGGUGUUCAAACCCAAUGGAUUAUCUUGUGAAUCAUUGACUUAUUUGUUUUAGGCUUUGAUUCAGUUGACAUUUCUUGUAUUUCCUCUCUUUUCUAUGUUUGAGUACCCUUUGUACUCUUAAUUUAA